ACGUUGGGAGGGGCCUAAGCAUGACUAGAGUUUUAUUGAAUAGAACUGUGUAUGUGUGUGUGUUUUGACUGCCUGUACUUCCUUGCACGUCUUGCUGCAGUGUAGCUUGUAUUCUUUGAAAGCCGGCCAGCGUUGAACCUACGGAGGGAUGGUAGAAGAACCCAAGGACUUUGACUCACAUGUAGAUGACACUUCAAAGGCAUGUGAUUCGCCAUGGCUAAUGAUUGGAUAGCAAAUUCACCCAGGAAUUAGAAAUACGGCAAAGAAGUCAGUGUACUGUGCGCAAGCAAUCUCUCAUCCCUGUAGUGGGACAGAAGGGCCAGCUCUCAAGCAACAGAAGUGGUGUUGACAAUCCAAUUACCUGUCUAUUUUUACCAAGGCACAGGAGAACAUUUGUCUGUAAACCAUGGAUAUGGAUGAGUUUGAACGUCGUAGGGAGGAACGCAGGAAAAAGCGUGAGGAGAUGCGCCGUGAGGUGGAAAGAAUGACCAGUCAGCGGACAGAUGAUGAUGAAGAAGAACUCGCUAAAGAACGGCGUCGCAAAGCUCGUCAGGAGCGGCUGCGGGAAUCUGCACUCAGCCAGGAUACUCUGGAAUUCAAUUCCCAGAACAGUGCAUUGGAUGAAGAAACCAAGGUUUCAAGAACUCAAAAUGUGAUGGAUGAAGACAAUGAUAUUGCAGAGCGGCUGCAGAAACGAGAAGAGCGACGCCAGAAACGUCUUCAAGAGGCCAUGGAGCGUCAACGGGAAAUUGACCUGACAGCAAAAGAGGAAACUCCAGAUAUUUCAAAAGAAAUCCAAAGCAAUGAGAGGGAGGAGGAGGAGAACCAACGGAACAAGUGGCGGCACGAGCCAGAGCCAGAACCUGAACCAGAGCCGGAACCUGAACCUGAGCUAGAGCCAGAACCUGAGCUAGAGCCGGAACCUGAGCUAGAGCCAGAACCUGAGCCGGAGCCAGAACCAGAACCAGAGCCGGAGCCAGAGCCAGAAGAGGUGGUGAUAGUAAAAGAGAAGAUUGUAAAAGAAAAUAUUGAAAAACCAUUCCAAAUUGAAAAGAAAAGCCAAGUAUGGAAGGAAGAAAUUGUUGAACGCACAGAGAAAAAGAUAUCAAAAGCAGGCCCAGAGAACGGAGAGGCUCUCCAUGAAGAGAUUGCACAGAAACAUAAAAAAAUGGAAAGAGUAUCGAGGUGGGGGGAGUGCAGCCGUUCAGAGUCCAAGUCGACCCAAGAGGCAGAGGAAGCAGCGGCCAAACUUGAGGCAGAGAGGAAGCUGGAAGAGCUGAAGCGCCGCCAAGAUGAGAAAGAGAGCGAAGAGUUCGAAAAAAUGAAGCAGAAACAGCAAGUGGCUGUAGUAGAGCUGGAGGAGCUGAAGAAGAAACGGGAAGGGCGCAGGAAGGUACGAGAAGAGGAAGAGCAAAAACGGCAACAGGAUGAGGCUGAACGAAAAGCAAAGGAAGAGGAGGAGAGGAGGAAGCUGAAGGAAGAUAUUGAGAGACGAAGAGCAGAGGCAGCAGAGAAACGGCAGAAGCCAGAAGACAUUGAAACAACCAAUGACAAAGAGCCAUUCAAAUGUGUGAGCCCCCGCGGUUCCUCUUUAAAAAUUGGAGAAAGGGCAGACUUUUUGAAUAAAUCAGCAAAAAAGAGCACUACCACCAAGACUUCACGCCCAUUAUUGGGUGUUUCCAAGAUUGACAGUAAAUUGGAGCAAUAUACCAGUGCAAUUGAGGUUGCCAAAACUGCUAAAGGAGGCAAGUCAUCCGCUUCAGAUCUCCCACUGACAGCUGAAGGAGUGCGGAACAUAAAGAGCAUGUGGGAAACUGGUGAUGUCUAUAGUUCUGCUUCCCCAUCUAAUAAGGGUACACCGAAUAAGGAGGUAGCAAGUCUGAAAGUUGGCGUUGCCGGUCGCAUCAACCAGUGGCUCACCAAAACUCCUGAACCAAACAAAUCACCUGCGUCUAAACCCUCAGAUGUGAAGCCGGGAGAUGUAUCAAGCAAGCGGAACCUAUGGGAGAAUAAGACUGAUUCUUCCAAUGGAAAAUCAGCCACCCCGUCUAAGAUUACAGCUGGGAGUAAGUGCAAGUCAGGCUCAGCAGGGGAUCACUGCGAUUAUGCUAAUGCAGGGAUGGCACAUUAUGAAAACGAACCCUAAAGAGAUCUUCACAGAAUUCUGGUCCACAUGUUUCUGAGAUGCCUAGAUGAGCUUUUUUUAUAUUUAUAUAUUAUUUUAUUAACGAAUUGGUUCACAUUAUCCCAGUCAAAGCCAUGUGUAUUAGCACUGUAUUACAAAUCCACACAUUUGCAUUUGAUCUUCACAGGUAUACCACCUUUGUACAGAUCAUUGAGACCCUUAUUUAGAAAGAGAAAUGUGCUGUGAAAUUUGAAGAUUUAGAAUAUUGAUAAAACGUCAUCGACUUUAAAUAAAAUUAAAUAUAGCAAAAGGAACAUUUUGAUCAUGAAUUCAUUGAUGAAUUAAAUGAUGAAAACCAGUAAGAUUUUAAAUUAGACUUUCUGCUCACUUUAAAGUGCUCUGCCUAAUAUGUUAUAAUUUUUACAUUUUUGUUAAAUAUGUUUAAAUGGAUUUAAAAUUUGAUUUGUAAUAUUGGUACUGAUUAUUGAUUGUUUCAUUUUGCCCUGAAUGGAGAAAAAUGGAGCAAUGGUGGUUUAUCACAGAUCACAUUCACAUCUUCUAGCUUUGUAGUUUAAUUAAAGAUAGAAUGCUUUUAACUAGCUUGAAAUGCUAGAUCAUAUAUUCAGUAAUAAACCAGUUAGCAGCCUACAUCACAGUGUUUUUGAAAUAUUCACAUUUUCUCACAAAAAUUAGCUCCAUCAUAACUGGCCUUAGUUGUUCGAAGUGAGUAAUCAAACAAACAAAAAAAUACUGAAUCUGCCUCAAAAUUAUAAAAAAAAACUCAAUAUAUUUUAAGGUGUGAGCGAGUGUGUGUAUGUGUUGAUUGUGUGUCUGCAAGGAAAUAGAACAAUGAAUAGAUAUGGUAUUAGGAGAUUUUAAAAAGGGUUAUGAGUUCUCUGAAACACUGAACUUCCACUAUGCUUGUCACAGGAGUUGUACCGCAUACCUUUUGAUGCAUCACACUUUUAUUCAUAUCUUAACCUGCAUAUAUGGCAAAUACACAGGAGUUUGAAGUCCUGAUUUUUGAAGGAAUUUGGAAGUUUGAAUAAGUGUUGGACUGGAGCAGUUUAAUUUUGAGACUUAAUAGGAAAAGAGGCUUUUAUCACUCCUUGUGUAUGUUAGUCAUUUCUGCGUAAAGUUAAAUAAAGGUGGAAAGUUGACCCAAAGAUGUGCUACAACAGCUUCGCUACGAAACGUUAACCAUUUUGUACUUCUUUUGGUUUACAUAUAACAUGAAAUGCAAAUGCACUCAAUUAUUGUAUAGGUCUGGAAAUAAAACUAUGCAACUUUUAUCUUAAA